AUGGGCUGCCCGCAAAGAGGACCUCCCCAUUACCUUGAGGGCGGGGUCGCCUUGCAAAUUCCCAGAUAUGUGUGGGUGAAGGAUGAGUGUCCACCAGAAGAGGAGGCUCCGACCGCGUUGGUCGAAGCCGCCGUGUCGGUGGCGACUUCUGACCAGGCGUUUUUCUCCUCGGAGCUGCGUGGCAAGGUCCUGGCGAGCUUGGAAGCCCGGGCAAACCGCUGCGGCCUCACCAGGUUGCUAGCACAGCUGGUGGUCUUGAUUGGCCAUGCCCGGAACACUUCCGCAGAUGCCUCCGGGCCAGAUUCCGCGGGUGGAGACGUGGCACUUCGGGCCUGGAUCGGCCUUCAUGUGCAGCCUCCGCUUCCCAGCUUCUGGGCCGUGGCCGGAAGCAUCGUGCCGGAGGUGCUAGAGGUGGCAGGUGCUGCAAUCGAGCAUCGGCUCCGACACUUGGGCCUCCCAGUUGAGCCGUACGGGAGCUGUGAUUCCAUUCCAGAUGUGGCGGCCUACGCCUUCGCCGUGAACGCUGAGGAAAAGGCUGCCGGGAAAACCUUCUGGUCCAAGGCCCGGGAGUUGGCCAGUUCAAUCGUCCGAAAAGGUGCUUUCGAAUGGGUCAACGCCGCUCGAGUGGCUUUUUCCAGCAGUCUCAUUCAGAAGGCGGCCCGCGAGGCUUGCCCCUUCGGGGUGAUGGCCCUGAAGCUCAUCCGGUGUAUUGGCCAUGAUGCAGAGCAGAAGCAGGAAGAGGUGGUGACGCUGGACACGGAUGCUGAGGAACUCAUGCAGUGGACGUCGGAACCAGAUAUAGCAACGCUUCUUCACAAUGCUUGGCCUCUAUGGGGCCUUCUCGCUGUACUGGCAGGACAGAGGAAACAUAGCUUCAUCAUCACUGCCCGAGAUGCACCCAAAGCAGAGCUUUUCGACCAGGCACCCCUACUAGAUGCCAUGUGGGAGAAGCAGCAGUCUGGAAACUACCCCUUGGGCGCUGUUUGGAUCACAGCGGUUCCACGCCGGACCGAUGCCUUGGAGUUGUCCACCUGGCUUAGCCGAUUAAGGAAUGCACUUAAGGUGCGCAAUCCGCCCUACACAGAGCAUCAAGUUCUGCUUGUGCUGGAGCAGGGUUCCGACAUUCCGAAGACCAGCUGCAAGAAAAUGGCGUGGUUCGGCUUUUACAGUGGGCCACUUCUCCACUGUGUGUGGUCCACUUGGGGAGCGUCCCCGGGGUUGGAUGCCUUGGCUUUGGCCUACUUCAUACUGCGACGGGGCACUCCCGUGGCUUUCCUGAAUUUGGCGACCAUCUCCUUCCCUGGUUUGGGGGACAAGGCAAGCCACUUCCUCACAACACAGUCCAUGGCUCGGCACCUCCUAUUCAUCACGGACACGCAGGUGCUCACUGGUGCCGGAGCCCAGGCGGAGCGUACCGAGCUACAGGCACCCUUCAUCGAUGUGGGCCUCCGCCUCUUCAGGCCGUCUCACCCCACGCUCUCGCUGAUCCAGGACUGCUUCCGUAUAGCCUACGAGAACCCUUUCAUGGCAGCCGAAGAUGUGGUGAAUCGCUUCGAAGUCUCCUCGAAGUUGGACCUUCUGCUGACAGCAGGCCACGGUUUCGUGUCCUCCGAGGGAUGGAAGGCCGAGGAUGUGAAAACCACGGCAGAACCGAUGAAAAAUCGGACUCCCGUGGAUGCACACUUGGCCGGUGGUAUCCUCCUUUUCAGCAUGAGGCCUUUCAAUGUGCUGCCGCGCUGGUUCACCGGCAAGGCUUGCUUACAGGUCUGUCAGUCCGGAUUACUAAAGUGUGCGCCAGGCGCGGGAGGCACGGCGUGCGAGCUCUUGAGCGGAAGUAUGGAAGAGGCUCUCCUACUGACCCUCAAAAACAGUUUUGCCUUCUCAACGCCCGGAGCUCGCAGUGCACGGCCGCGAGUACUCCAGGCAGGGCCCAGCAGCUGUGGCACUACUUCGAUUGCACACUUCUACUCGGAUGGGCACGGGCUCCGUGUAGCGAAGAACUACAUCGAAGGUAGAGAGAUCCGGGAUCAUGUUCGUUUGGACAUGAGUCUGGGUAGGGCUCCGUUUGCAAAAUUGGAUCGCUUCGACGUGGUGGCAGAUGCAUUCGACGUGGUCCGUGUAGGCAUCCACUUCUGCUCGGACGUAAUCGGGCGCGGAGGAGAGACUUGCGAGAAAAUACACUAUGAUGCGCUGCAGGAAAGCAUCGAUGAGUACAAAGGCAUUCUCCGUGCUCUGCAGGAGGCAUACCCGAAUCUUUGGUUUAUCCACAACACCUGCAAGAAGGAUCGCUGGCUGCCAAAGAGGGUGCAUAAUUGCUGGCCGCAUGUGGUGGCGAUGCCGGGGGACGAUUGGCCACAGUGGCUGCGGCAGUGGAAGAUGUGUUGCGACGAGUCUUUCGGAAUAGGGGGCAACCAGUCCUGCUGGGUCCCAGAAGAGCAGGCCUUAAUCAAGAUCCCAAAGAGGCUGAAUUUUAGGGAUUUCGUUUAUGCCGCAUGCUGUGAUGGGCUGACCUUCUACAAGACCGCUUGGGAUAUGGUCCACACGACCCUGGAAGAAAUUAUUGUCGAUGAGCGGCGCGUGCCCUUUAACAUCCUACGACAAGAUCCCCGGGAGCUUAGCGAAGUCCUUGGCUUGCAGGAUGACUUCAAGGCUAGCGCAUGGCGUCAGAUCCACAAGAAUAUUCUCGAGUACCGCACUGCCAAGCUGGAAGCCAGGAUGAACACAGUCGGCUUCGAAUCCGGUGGCAUGCCAAAGCGCAUGAUUGGCACGAAGCCGAACAACAUGGAUGACUACAGAAGCCGAUUUGAGACCAUGGGCCUUGCGUCCGGGGGCUCGGCGGCCAUGUCCAAGUCCAUGCAAGGAAAUGCCCAGGCUGCUGCCCAAAAAGCGCAGGCAUUGGGCGAGGCCAUGGGGGCCGGCGGUGCCCGCGUGCCCUUGGUGCCCGAUGCUGGCCGCACCAUGGAGAUGAUGCUGGAAAAGUUCGUGAGCAGUCGGCUGGACAAGUAUGCUGUGGCUGCUGCCGAGAGGCAGAACAAGGAAUUCAAGAAGGAAGAGAAGAAGGGCAAGAAGAAGGACAAGAAGAAGAAAGACAAAAAGAAGAAAGACAAGAAGCGAAAAAAAGACAAGAAGAAGGAAAUCUUCAUCCUCAUCAUCCUCGGGGUCCUCGUCGAGCUCAAGCUCCAGUGGCAAGGGUGCAGAGGAACCAGGUGA